UGUUUAUUUAAUUUUAAACCAAGGGUAUUAGGGAUAUUUUACCCUUUAAUGAAUGUCAUUUUUGUGACUUUCUCUUUCUAGUGCCAUUUUUGAGACAAGGUACUAUUAUUGACAAUUGCCCUACAAAUAAAUAUCAUCAUAUGUUCUGUUUUAAAUUUUGAUUCGGGCCGUGUCAUUUUGUUCUGUAAAAGCCCAAUAGUAAACGACAUCGUGUACGUUUUGACUCACCACAACCCUAAUUCCUCUAUACACAUUCUGGGGGGUUAGUGAUUUUCAUUCUCUGGUUUUGGAAGCUUGUUAGUUUACCCAGGAAAGCGAGAAAGCUGUUACACUGGACAUGGAUGAUAUGAGGCCACCACCAAGGCCUCCUGGUUUCCAACAUCUUCCCAAAAAGACUCGUAAACGUCUGAAGCGAGAGAGCUUAAGCAUAAUACAACCAGCAGAUUUGAGACAGCUCAUGGAUGAUCGUGACAUUAGAGAGACAACAGGCACUGGUCGUCGAGGCCCUUUCAAACUCUCUGAUGAUGGCAUAGUUCUUAUGUUGGGUUGGGAUGGAAAGGAACCGGUUUUCACACAGCUUUUGCAAAUCGCGGAUUGGGAGGAGCUUUGUGGACCUGUUCGAGACCAGAUGAAACACAUCAUUUGCUGGGCAUACAGCUCUACCGAUCUGGUUUCUGCUUUAAGAUGCAUCCGUCGCCUGGAUGAUCGUUACUCUCCUCUUUGCACGUGGUAUCUCAGCUCAAAUGUGCAUCCAGAUAUGCUUGGGCAAGAUGAAAGUGCAAAACCGCGUCAUAUUUGCUACGGUUGUACAACUAUCGAUGCUUUGGACCAUAUCAAAAGAGACGGAGUCCCCAGAGAACUCAGUGGUUACCGUCAGUUUAGCUGCCGUAAAGUACCUCCUAGUGCUCAAAACCCGAAGAUCCACAUAGAUUCCUAUCGCAUCUUCCACACUCUCCAGGAAGCAUUGGCACAUCUGCCCAAACAGCCUAUCGGUGCCACGUUGAUCGAGUUCUCUCACUUGUGGGAGCUUGGGGAGGAUGACAUUUAUGAAGGCCCUCUAACCGCAGGCUCUGUUUUUCUUGGCUAUCACGGGGUGAUCAUUAUCAGGAUAAUGCGCUUUCGAGGAAAGCUUGUCGCGAUUUGUAAGUCAAGCAAUGGCAAACGUGUCGGUACUAAAGGAUACUUCCGGGUAUCUCUCAGUGCGUUGUACAUGGUGCUUGGCUGUGGAGAUGAGAAAGCAGAAUUUGUUCGAGCCACGCCAAGUCCACAACCUUUGCUCUCUUGUUUCAUCUGCCCUAUCUACAACGAGCCUGAGCCUGAGCCUGAGCCUCAGCCUCAACCCAUACGCAAGAGGAAAUGGCUUCCAUGGAAGAAGUAUCAUGAAUCAAGAAAAAGGAGGCAGUGCCUUAGCCAUGGAGAUGAUCAAGUGGCCAGUUCUUCUGGUGAUGUUCUGAAAAGGAAGCAUAAGAAAGAGAAUAAGCAGAAGAAGAAGCAGAGAAGUGGCUGAGAAGAAGAAGUGGCUGAGAAGAAGAAGGAGCUGUGUGAGAGAGUGAGAGCUUUUUUUUUUUGGUUCUUUAACCCCUUAAAGCAUCUGUUAGCUAUAGUAAAGGGAAGAAACUAAUGUCUUUUUUGUCUCCUCUUAACUCAUCUCUCCUCGGAUAGGUAUUUUUGCUGGUUAGGUCUUGUUUGAAAACUUUUCAGGAUUCUUAUGUGUCUGGAGUCAUGCGAUUCUGCAAUAUGGCUACAUUAUUGACACUUAAUAUAAUACUCUGCAUCUAUGAUGAUACCACA